UGUCUGAAGACGCCAGUGAUUCUCAUCUAUGUGAAAUUUGUUUAAAGACCUACAGGCGGCGUGACUUGUUAAUGCGCCAUCGACGGCGCUGUCUGCAGUCAAACAAAUUCACAACUCGCCGCAAAGCAUGUAAUGCAUGCGUUCAAGCAAAAGCCAAAUGCUGCUAUACCCAGCCAACCUGUUCUCGAUGCGCUAAACGUGGCAUCCGCUGCGAAUACGUGACUAUCGCUUCUUCUGAAUCCUCGACCAACACCAACACCGAUUCCGCUGACGACCCUCCUACUCGGACCCCCGAGGCCCCGGCCGUUACCACCGAGUCCCUGCCGUCGUCCAGUGGUCGCAGCCUAGUAGCCACAUCUGCAACAGAUCAAAUGGACUUUUGGAGCUCGCAUGGUUUCCCCUGGUUCAUGGACAUGAUUGAUAUACCCUCGCUACCAUCCUCCUCGACCACCGUAAUCAAUGAAGUAGCCUACUCCAUGCCAGCCAUUCCGAACGCCUAUUCUAACCCCAUCUCCCCUUUAACCUCAUCACAACAGAUGACCCGCGAGAGCAUAGCACCGCAAUAUCAUGGCAUGUCCGGCAUGUCCGACAUAUUGGGCCUCGGGGAGUUGGGGAAUACAACCUCCCCUGCGGCGCCCCUAACCUUCACUCCGAAUAUAUCCGCAGCAUGCCCCUCCAAUUGUAUGCGUCUGCUCCUGCGAUAUCCAAUGUUAUUACUGCAGGAUGAUUUCUACUGCCCAUUUCUGCAUCGAAAUCUCUUCAACGAAGAGGUGCCCGACAUGACCGUCUUGCCGCAUACGUCCGUGGCGAUCUGCUGUGGGAGUGGAUUGAUUGCAAAGGAAGGUGCUCAUUAUGUCAAGCGCGCCAUGAAUGCUCAGAGGCACAGUUUAAUCGAAGCAUAUCCCAACUACCACUGCAUGGAACAAUGGGAUGCCCUGCAUGCCAUGCUGCUAUACGAGAUCCUCGAACUCGGUGUUCCCCCCAUUGAAGAAUCUAAUAGUUGGAAACAGAAACCUCGCGCGAAAGGCCUCAUCAAAUCACCCUUCCUUGCCAAGAUGACCCGGUGUUUCUCGCAGUCGUAUCUGGAGACGCAUGACGCCUCUCUCAUGCCGUCUGUGGAAGCCAACAACAAUGCUUCCUGGGUCAAAUGGGCCGUCACUGAAACCGCCCGCCGCACCAUCUUCCUGGCAAAUAUUGUCAACUUUUUCAGCAAUCGUGACCACGAGUCCAAGCGGCAAUCGGCAUACUAUGAGCCUCUCAACGACGACCUGAUCAUGAACAUGCCUCUCCCCUGCAGUCACGCUCUCUGGGGCGCACGCACAGAAGAAGAGUGGAAGAAAGCGAGGCAGAUGGAUGGACUCUCCUCGCCGACUGCCACCGCCGCCAACGACAACGAUCCAUUCUCCACCUUCAUGCGCCCACCGGGUGCGGAGAACGCAGGUGACGGGCUCCUGAACAAAACUUCCCAGUUGUCACUCAAAUCUCUCUUUUCGAAUUUCACAAAGGAUUAUCUUCGGGUGAGCCUUGAAGCCAUCGCAGGGUUUGGCGACUCCAACGAGCUUCGAUUUUUUAUUGUUCUUUGCGCAUUGGAGCAGUUCGCCUGAACUACU